UUAUUCUUGCUUCUUCAUUCUCUGGCCAAAUCAUGAGUCUUGAAGAUUAAAGUGUCUAGAACUCAAGCGAGUGUGUGAAUGUUGUAAGGGUCGUGGUAGAUAGUAUUGGGCAUUUUCACAGCAAGCAAAGAUGAGCAUGUGGGAAAUUGUGAAGUUCAGUGUGAAAUGUGGAGGGUAUUGAGUGAAGAAUCAUAGAGGCUAUGUUGGUUAUAUUGGUGGUGAGGUGAGGACCAUCAACUGUAAACCGGAGGAGUUAUUUAACGCAUUGGCAGAAGAGUUUGGAGAAAGAUUAAAUGUACAGCGUGUGUGGUAUAAGCUCCCUAAUGAAGAGCAUAAGGAUAGGAAGAUAAUGAGCAAUGGUGAUCCAAUGUUUCUGAACAUGUGUGAAGCGGGUAAAUGGAGAGGAAUGAUUAAUAUAUUUCUUGUGAACACAACAGAGCAUUGUGAAGUUGAGGAGCAAGUGAUGCCAAGUGAAGAAGAGAUUAGAAUUGAAAAUAAUGUGGCUAGUUUUGUUGAUGAAGAUGAGAAUUUUGAUCAUCAUAAUACUCCUCCUAAUUCUGAUGAUGAAGACAAUGAGUCUUUUGUGAGAUUCAGACCAGGAAGCGGUGAGCUGGAGCUAAGACAAGUGUUUGAUACCAUAGAAGAGUUCAAAGAGGCAGUAUUGGAGUAUGCACUAAAAGGUGGAUGGAAUAUCAAGCUAAACAAAUGGGGGGAUAUCAAAUCAUCAGCUGUUUGUGGGACUAAAGAAGACUGCCCAUGGAGAAUAUAUUGUUCUUAUGAAGAACGAAUAGGGAAGUGGAUGGUGAAGACUUUUAGUGAUAAGCAUCGCUGUCAAAAAGAUGGAUACUGCAAGUUACUAAAAUCGGCUGUGAUUUGCAAGUUGUUCUUAAAUGAUAUCAGAACUGAUCCUGAACUAAAACCGAGGUUUAUUCAAGAUCAGAUUGAGCAGAGGUAUAACUUGAUAGCAACCAUAGACAAGUGCAAGAAGGGAAAGGCAAAAGCAAUUGAUAUCAUCAAUCAUGACCAUGAAGAACAGUUUUCUAGGCUCAAAGAUUACCGUUUGGCACUUCUUGAGACAAACCCUGAAUCAACCGUAAUCCUUGACACAAUUUUGAAUGAUGAUGGAGCCGAAAUAUUUCACAGGUUUUAUGUGUGUUUUGCAACCAUCCGAACUUUGUGGUCAAUGUGGUGUCGUCCUAUAUUUGGUGUAGAUGGCUGCUUCAUGAAGAGCACUCUAAAAGGACAGCUACUAGCUGCUGUGGGAAGAGAUGCCAAUAAUGGUAUGUACCCAAUCGCAUGGGCUGUGGUUGAUGUGGAAGAUGAGGACAAUUGGACAUGGUUCUUACAGAGGCUUAAGUUGGAUUUUAAUCUCCAAGAUGGUCAAAAUUAUACGCUGAUAUCUGAUCGACAAAAGGGUUUGUUGAAUGCUGUGGAAAGAAUCUUGCCUAACGUUGAGCAUAGAAUGUGUGCUCGCCAUAUAUAUGGGAACUUGAAGAAGCUCUUCCCCCGUCAACAUGAGAUAAAAACCCUGUUUUGGCGAGUUGCUGAAAGCUGCACAGUGAGAGAAUAUGAAGCAAAUCUGGAAGCUGUUAAGAGAUAUGAUUUGCGGCUUUAUGAAGCCAUAAUGGAGAAAAAUCCAAUGAACUGCAGCCUUGCCUUCUUCUCGCCAACAUCUUCCUGCGUUGAUGUCCACAACAAUAUCUCAGAGUCAUUCAACAACGCCAUUGAUCCAGCAAGGUAUAUGCCAAUGGUUGAGAUGUUAGAAACUAUUAGGAGAACUGCUAUGGUGCGUAUUGACAUGAGGAAGAAGAAAGCAGCAGAUCAUAUAGGCAGAUUUCCUUCUAGAAUAAUGAAGAUGAUUGAUAAGGAGCAAGAGAAGUUAAAGUUUUGUAAGAUGAUCCCAGGCGGUGAUGGCAGAUGUGAGGUUCGCGAAGGUAAUGUUUCUCAUAGUGUGAAUAUGAGAUUGCGUACUUGUGCAUGUCGGAGAUGGGACAUGAGUGGGAUCCCUUGUCGCCAUGCCUUACGUAUCAUCACCGAGAAGAAGCUGGACUAUGAAGAUUAUAUAUCUUCUUUUUACCUCAAUUCAAGGCAGCAACAAAUUUACAGUGACUCUAUACGCCCUGUCAAUGGAAUGUGCUUUUGGGACAGAACCGGUGCUUCAGUUUUACCACCUCCAAGUUUGGUUGAGAAUACUGAGAACAACAGAGGAAGAAAGCCAAAGCCAAAGAGGAAAAAAGGAAGGAAUGAGUCGCCAACAAGGAAGAAGGUCAGUAGGGAUAAGAGAAUAAUGCAUUGUGGCAGAUGUGGAGUUGCUGGACACAAUGCAACCAAGUGUCCCAACAUUGGUGUUCCGAUCAAACAUAAAUAUGGAAGGAAGAAAGCUUCGACGGGAAGAGUAGAGGAACAUGACCCUAUUAGUGAAGACUUCGGAGAGGGCCCAAGUCAACAAACCCAAGACUAAUAUCAGGUUCUAGUAGAAGCUUAGGUUGGUUUUUGGUGGAGCUUCUUUUGGUUUAUAGUUGAGCUUUGAUUGAGCUUCUCAGUCGGUUUUUGGUGGAGCUUUGUUGGAGUUUCUUUCGGCUUUUGGUGGUACUUUUCAGUCAGUUUUUUGUCUUUGUUUUUUCUUAAUGAAUGUCUGUUUGAGUUAGUU